AUGUUUCGCCCCGGUUUCGCAACUCUACGUCGCAGUUUACCUAGUAAAGUUCUAUUGAACUCUUCAAGACACUUCUUCACCGUUAACAAUGGUGCCAAAAUAUCUUCCCGAACUCAUGUGAAAACCGCUGCUAAAGCAUUGACAGCUGGCGCUUUAUUGGGCUUUUUGAUCUCUGGGUCUCUUAUCGGAUUAGAGAAGAAAAAUGGCUCUGAACCAGCACAAGCUGCUGUGGAAAGCUCAGAUUCUGCACCAAAAACCAAAGAGGCUAGGGAAAACUCAACGGAUAAUGGCGAAAAAACCGAACCCCAAUCGGCAUACGACCCAGAAACUGGAAUCAUUAACUGGGACUGUCCUUGUUUGGGUGGAAUGGCCCAGGGGCCUUGUGGUGAAGAGUUCAAAGCCGCUUUUUCGUGCUUCGUUUACUCAGAAGAGGAUCCAAAGGGCGUCGAUUGCAUAGAGAAAUUCAAGGGCAUGCAGGAAUGUUUUAGAAAAUAUCCUGAAUACUACGCCGAGCAGAUCAAGGACGAAGAAGAAGCCGCUCAUGCUGCUCAAAAGCUUGAGUCUGAAAACGACCAAAACCAGAUGCUCCAUGACGCUCACAACGUACAUCCAGAAGAGUCGGCUCCUGUUUUGCAACAAAAAUCUGAGUUCGAGCCUGCUUUGAAUCUUGAGGAACCUCAGCCAGAAAAAGCUGAACCUAAGGCUUAA